GCGUCACGACCAGAACCCAUGUAAAUCGAGUAGGGAGCUUCGAAAACCGAGGGAUCUGGACAUUAUUGAACUGCACUCAAGCAGCCAAAAGUAAUUCAACCUCGAGUCGCAACAUCGCCCUUUGCCAUAAGACAUUGAAGCGCUUCAGUUUGACUUCAUUCUGUUGGCACUAAUAUUCUAUUCUAUUGCGACAAUGCUUGACAAACUUGUCGGUCUCGCAAUGCUCUUGGUAGCUUCUGCUGUGUUCCUCUACUAUUCUAUCUGGACGCUUCUUAUGCCAUUCGUCGACCCCGAUCAACCAAUCCAACAGCUAUUCCCACCACGAGUAUGGGCCAUUCGCAUACCUGUUAUCAUCAUUUUACUUGGAUCAGCUCUUGUAGGAUCAUUCCUGAGCAUUGUCAUGAUCCGAAGCAACAGAAAGAAGGCAGCAAAGGCGAAGCUGCCAUCGAAGAAGAAGGCGUAAAUCGUCGCGCCUGAGGCUACGUAUCGACAGUUAUUGUACUACUACGACUGCACUGUUACAAAAUAUCUUGCUCUGGAGGAUAGAAAGCGGCGGCGGAGGAGACAAGGAAGAGCGCAGGAUCCCUCAAACACUGAUAGUGGUUGAGGCGCAACGGAGGAAGUGGUGUUGCGCAAAUCAUGCUCUCAAAGGCGCACCAGGUUGCUUGUGAUGGACAACGCUGGUUCAGGGAUAAAAUUACAAUAUCUAAUGAAUAUGUUUGAUUUCCAACUCAUUUUGGCUCUACCCUAUAUUCUAAUAUAACAGUAGAUAAUGUAUUUGUAAACAAGUCC